AUAAGACCUAGAUUUCGGCGGUGACGACAGCCAAGACCACCGGCAAAUCAUGAUCACCAAAUUUUUUGGGCAAAAUCCUGUAGCUUUGCCUCAUUGUUUUAGCUUUGCGCCAAAGUUCAACGGGACAGCUUGUUCCAUAUAUCCUCAACGUUAUUUCCAAAAGAAACAGUAAUAAGUACUCCCCAGUACCACCAAACCCUUUUCUUUUUCCUAUUUAAUGGUGCUACCCCUUAGUAAGGGUAAGAGAGAGCCUCCAAUUUAUUACGGUAACCCUGACCUUUUGCCUCAAAUAUAUUCACCGGUUUCUUGUGAAACUAUAGAUAGAUACGUGUUGCUUCCCCUCCCUCUCUCUCGAAUUAUUAUCGCUGGCCUGCUGCCUGCGUAUAUACAAAGUCCAGAUAGAUAGAUAUAUGGCUUUCUUGGAUCCUGGGUUUCAGGGAAUGGCUUCUUUCUUAGCUGGAAAAUUGGAAAUUUCUAACUUCGUCUUCUAUUAGCUUGUGGUUAGUAGCUUCUGGUUAAUCUUGAUCAACCCACUGUGGGAUCUUCAUAUUUUGACCGAUGGAGCACAGGUUCUAAAAAUUAUACUGUAUGAGUAGUUCUACUACGUCAAGGCUUCAAAAACGGCUUAAAAGAGAGCUUUGAGCAGCCCAAGGAGUGCACGUACCCCAGAUAAAAGAAAAAUAUAGAGAAAGCAAAUAAAGAAUCAAAGAUACAAAAUAGUAAUUUACUUUUGCCAAUAAUGCCUGCAGUUUUGAGAAUAUAGAAAACAUUGAUACAACAAAAGAAAUAUUAUUAUUAUUUCUAGUCUGCAAGUUCUGAGAUGACUUCACGUGAAGGCUACGCUGUAAUGUCCGUGAGUUUUGCAAGCAAGAAGUUGGAGAUACGAGCCGGUGACAGUGCUUCUUCUCCUUCUUCUUCCCGUUGAUUCAACAUGGAACUUCACACACCAAUAGAGCCUCUCUUCGUACUCAAAUGGUCUGCUGUGUUGACGGUUUUCUUUUCCAUACCCGACUGAGUAGCUGGUGACCUUCCAUUGCUAUCUAUCGUUUGCUGCUUCAGCUGCUUUGCUCUGUUUAUAAUCUCUGAGAAGGUGAAAAUUGAAGUUGGCUCCUUUAAGAGUUUGUUGCUAUGGCAGAUCUGAAGAUUUUGGGCUCUUUUAUUUUGGUUUUUGAAAGUGACUUCUCGGAUUGAAAAGCGCCAAAGAACGACCGCUAUACAGAAGGGUAAGCUAAAAAGUGCUUGAUGAUGAAAGAUUUUUAUUGUGGUUGUCCCUGUUUUUGAAGUUUUAGCAGUGUCUCCCUUUUUGGGGAACUACAGCAAAAUCAACUCUAAUGAUAUUAACCAAGGGCUUUGCUUAGGACUAUUUCUAUUCCACGCCCAAAGGAGGCUUCAGAUUGAUCUCCCUAAUAAUGGAACCUCCAUUUUCAAGGUACCCUGUUCUCUACUUGUUCUUAUUCUGCGUCUUUUAUCAUUUUUCUCCGGUUAAGCCGGACGAUGCCCAGGUGCUAUUAACGCUCAAGUCAUCAAUUGAUCCUCUGAACUCGCUGCCAUGGCCUCAAGGAAGCGAUCCCUGCAAAUGGCAAGGGAUCAAAGAGUGCAUGAAGGGAAGGGUGACUAAGCUUGUUCUGGAGUAUCUGAACCUCAGUGGUACUCUAGAUGGAAAAAUCCUGAAUCAGUUGGAUCAACUUCGGGUUCUAAGUUUCAAAGGGAACUCAAUAUCUGGCCAAAUUCCCAAUUUCUCGGGCCUACUUAACCUCAAAUCACUCUUCCUCAGCAGCAAUAAUUUUUCCGGCGAUUUCCCAGAUUCCAUCACCAACUUACACCGUUUGAAAGUCAUAGUUUUAUCCGGAAACCAAAUCUCAGGUUCAAUCCCAAUGUCGCUCCUCAAACUAACCCGACUGUAUGUUCUUUACUUACAAGACAACAGCUUGGUUGGAGCAAUCCCUCCUUUGAACCAAACCAGUCUCAGGUUCUUCAAUUUGUCCAACAAUCAACUCUCCGGUCAGAUUCCGUUGACCUCUGCCUUGAUUCGGUUCAAUAGGUCCUCGUUUUCCGGUAAUAUUAAUCUCUGCGGUCAACAGAUUAAAAAACCGUGUAGCAAUUUUGGGCCAUCAUCCAGUCCUGUUUCUCCGACGGUUCCACCAAGCUCAAAGCCAUCCUCCAAGCGCAGUAAAUUGAUUAAGAUCAUUGCAGGCGUAUGUGGCUUUUUGGUGCUUUGUCUAAUUGGUUUACUUGUUCUGUGCUUUGAGUGCAAGUACCGCAGAAAAGAGGGCUCAGUUGUCGAAGAGGGAAGAAGCAAAACCAAAGGGAUUCUUGGCGGUAGUGAUAACGGCUGUGUCAACGGCCGAAAUGGAGGUGGUGGAAGUGGCAUGGGCGAUAAUAACGGUGUAUUUUCAUGGGAAGGAGAGGGAUUAGGGACUUUGGUAUUCUUAGGUGCCGGGGAUCAGCAGAUGAGUUAUAGUUUAGAGGAUUUGCUGAAGGCCUCAGCUGAGACAUUGGGAAGAGGUACUAUGGGAAGCACAUACAAAGCUGUGAUGGAGUCCGGGUUCAUCGUAACCGUUAAAAGGUUAAAAGAUUCAAGAUAUCCAAGGGUGGAGGAGUUUCGGAGACACAUGGACCUUCUUGGUAGGCUAAGGCAUCCGAACCUGGUCCCACUCAGGGCUUAUUUCCAGGCGAAAGAGGAACGGUUGCUUGUAUACGAUUAUUUCCCCAACGGCAGUCUCUUCUCUCUCCUCCACGGAACAAGGACUUCUGGGGGUGGAAAGCCUCUUCACUGGACUUCUUGCCUCAAAAUAGCUGAGGAUUUGGCAACUGGACUUCUAUAUAUCCACCAGAACCCUGGCUUAACCCAUGGAAAUUUGAAAUCCUCCAAUGUGCUGCUAGGGCCUGAAUUUGAGUCCUGCCUCACUGAUUAUGGUCUGACGGUGUUCCGAGAUCCAAACAUGCUGGAGGAACCAAGUGCUACUUCUCUUUUCUAUAGAGCUCCUGAAAUCAGGGACAUGCAAAAACCAGCCACUCAACAAGCGGAUGUCUACAGCUUUGGUGUGCUCCUCUUAGAACUCUUGACUGGCAAAACUCCCUUCCAGGAUCUUGUUCAGGAACAUGGCACAGAUAUUCCGAUGUGGGUUCGGUCGGUACGUGAGGAAGAGACAGAAUCUGGGGACGAACCUGCUUCAGGUAAUGAGGCAGGUGAUGAGAAACUUCAAAGUCUUGUAAAUGUUGCAAUGGCAUGUGUCUCAUUUGUGCCAGAGAACCGGCCAUCAAUGAGGGACAUUUUGAAGAUGAUAAAAGAUUCAAGGGCAGAGGCUCAAGUUUCAUCCAACAGCAGUGACCAUUCACCAGGACGAUGGUCUGACACUGUUCAGAGCUUGCAUAGAGAAGAACAUUUGAGCAUUUGACUGGUUAGUAAACUUAGAGUCUUAAUUUAGGUUUUCUGAUUUUUAUUGGUUUUUUUUCAAGCCGAGUCUUUUGAUUCUUAAACUAGGCUUUGUAGAGUCUACUGAUGUAAAAUACCCAUCUUUUUAUUCUCAUUCCUUAGUUUUGAUAGCUGGAGAUCAUAUGAGUUUGUUUGACGUUUAGUAGAGUCUUUGAUUUCUUGAUUGGAUGCAAUUCUUGUAUUAAGCUGAAUAGUUGAAGCCAAUUUCAAUUUUCCCAUUAUCAUUUUAAAUUCA